UCAUCCACGUGGGCACCCUGAGCAUCUCAUUAUGAGUCAGAACUCUCUCUGAUUGGAACGUGUCAUGUCACAGAUACCCGCAGAAGUCUCCCCGGUUUCCAUUAAGUUUCAAAGUCUUAAUCUUUCAAAACCACUGUAUUGCCCUCAAUAAUCUUUCUCUCUCUUAGGGCUUCUGCUGCUUACCACCAAGCUCUGGGCAGAGAAUCGACUUAGCCAAUUCAUGGUAAUCUGAUAAGACAAGCUAUAGAAAAAAAAGAAACUGUGUAAUUGGCCAUGGAUCAAUCUGAACAAAAUCAUCAGCAGCAUCACCAACCACAGCAGCCCGCAAUGGGAGUUAUAGCUGGUAGUGGUCAGAUGGUGUAUCCUAUGCCACCCUACCAAACUACUCCCAUGGCAGCCUCAGGUACUCCUGCCGUAGCUGUGCCUUCCCCAAUGCAGCCCUCUGCUACCUUUGCAAAUUCUUCCCACCAGCUUGCCUUCCAACAAGCCCAGCACUUCCACCAUCAACAGCAGCUUCAAACGUUCUGGUCCAACCAAAUGCAAGAAAUUGAGCAAACUAUUGAUUUCAAGAACCAUAGCCUCCCACUUGCUCGGAUCAAGAAAAUAAUGAAAACUGAUGAAGAUGUUAGAAUGAUUUCAGCAGAGGCUCCUGUCAUUUUUGCAAAGGCUUGUGAGAUUUUUAUACUGGAGCUGACCUUACGCUCUUGGAUCCACACAGAAGAGAAUAAAAGGAGGACAUUGCAAAAGAAUGACAUUGCAGCUGCCAUAUCAAGGACUGAUGUUUUUGAUUUCUUGGUGGACAUCAUUCCAAGAGAUGAACUGAAAGAGGAGGGACUUGGGGUCACUAAGGCUACAAUUCCUGUUUUGGGUUCUCCUGCUGACAUGCCUUUAUACUAUGUCCAUGCACAGCAUCCUGUUGGACCUACAGGUAUGAUCAUGGGAAAGCCGGUCGAUCAAGCAGCUCUAUACACUGCCCAACAGCCUUGACCGCCUGUGGCAUUUAUGCCAUCGGGUGGCAGCAACAGCAGAAACAACUAGAACAGCAACCGACCAAUUCUUAAUGUAUGAUGUCAGGUAAUGAGGUGUCUUUGUAGAGCUUUUGAAUAUCAGGGAUGUAUUGUAGUUGCGGUAGCAGUUAGUGUUAGUUGAAAGUUGUAAUAACUAUCCAGCUUUGUAGAUGAUUAUGCCCAUCUCAGUGUGGCAGCUGGAUCAUGUAUUGGCUUGUAUUUUGCUCUUCUUUAGAUCGAAAUUGUUUGUGAUGGUUAUUGUUUAAA